AUGAGUGCAAGGUAGUCCCCAAAGCAGUUGCAGGCCGUGGCAGGCCGUGGCCUCAACCCUCCCUUAGUCUUCCUGCCAUGGAAGUCUCCAGUUUAGGUAAAUAAAGGCUCGUGUGAAAAAAAAGAACUACCAAUUCCAGCAUGCAUUGCGGAACGAAAGGCCUUCUCCACAGCCUCUCUUGGAAACUGUAGUCUUAAGGAAAAGGAGCCUCCAGCACUGGAAGCAGGCACGAUUACCACAGCAACCCAGUUAACACAGUGGAGCCCUUCUCGCGGGUACACGGGCGAGCUGCUAUGCGUCGCAGCGUUCUGUUUUCAUGUCUUGCUCCCAGAGAUUAGACUAAAAGAAGCUGCAAGUCCCAGGAAGACUACAAUUCCCAUCCGGCCCCGCGACUCUCGGGUGACUCGUCCUGCAAGGCUGGCCUAGAACUCUUGGAUUCCAACUAUAUCAUCUUGCUUCAACUUGCUGAGUAACUGGGACUACAGCCCCACCCCACAGCAUGGAACCACAGGUUACUCUAAAUGUGACUUUUAAAAAUGAAACUCAAAGCUUUCUGGUUUCGGAUCCAGCAAAUACAACUUGGGCUGAUGUUGAAGCUAUGGUAAAAGUUUCAUUUGAUCUGAAUAAUAUUCAAAUAAAAUACCUGGAUGAGGAAAAUGAGGAGGUAUCCAUCAAUAGUCAAGGAGAAUAUGAAGAAGCACUUAAGAUGGCUAUCCUUAAGCAAGGAAACCUACUACAGAUGCAAGUCCAUGAAGGGCACCAUGUUGUAGACGAAGCAUUCCCUCAAAUUGUAGUAGAAAAGCAAGCGCCUGCCAGGAAAGGGAAGAAGCCGCUUGCACAUUAUUCUUCAGUGGUGAGAGUCUUGGGAUCAGAUGUGAAGACCGCAGAGGAGCCUGUGGCGCAGCCAUGUCCACGUGCUCCUUGUGACACGGACCAGCCUCAUGACAAGCCCCCAGACUGGUUCACAAGCUACCUGGAAACGUUCAGAGAACAAGUGGUUAAGGAAACUGUUGAGAAGCUUGAACAGAGGUUGCGGGAGAAGCUAUUCCUCCAGAAGUCGGCCUCGGAAGUCUUGAUGCCUGUUUCAAAGGACCAGUUCAGCUGGCAUCUUGCUUGCAAUCACUGCUACAGAAGGAUCAGGUGUGCUGAAGGCCAACCUGGGAUCGAGGCUGGGCAGGAACCAGCUGAGGCCGGAGAGAGACUCCCUGAAGGGGAGAGCCAGCCACAGGAGCAGAGCAUCAGUGACAUCCUCACGACCUCACAGAGGCUGGACACAGUGCCCCUCGUCCCCGAGGUGGUAGGACUUCCACCACCACUGUCCAGGAGCUCCCCUUGCGUACAGCACGGGUCCCCAGAAGUGGAUUCACCAGUUACCAUCCAAGAAGUUCCUUCAGUCCCUGACCAGGUCAGAGGAGAGCCCAGAGGCUCAUCAGGACUUGUCAACAGCAGACAGAAGAGCUGUGACCACUAGCCCAUCGUUUCUGAAGAUGAGACAGCAGCCUUGAUGGCCCAUCUCUUUGAAAUGGGAUUCUGUGACAGGCAGCUGAACCUAAGGCUGCUGAGAAAACACAAUUACAACAUCCUGCAGGUUGUGACAGAGCUCCUUCACAUCAACAACAAUGACUGGUACAGCCACCGCUAUUGAGGACCCAUCUUGUAUUAAAUAACUGCCUGCUGCUCAGAGAUGACCUUAGUCUGUCAUUGAGGUGUGGCUGCAAGCCCUUGCUUGUUUUUAAUCUGAUGAAUCUAUAUCGAGUGUCACUGAAUUGUCAAAACAGUACCUGUUACAGUAUUUUUUGGAGCAAAUCAAAGACCAGAACUUAAAUUUUCAUUUUAGAAAUGGGAUAAGUAGUAGAAAGACAGUUUUCAGCUGAUCUGGACAGAGCUUUCGCUGUAGUAUGUGGAAGUGUGUUACUUGGACCUCUGUAGACCGCUUUCCUUUUGCUUGUACUGAAGUUGAGUAUUUUCCUUUGUUACAUGUGGAUGUUUUUGAUGGGCUGUUAAAUGUUAGUUUGGUUUUUGUUUUUUAAAGAUUAACCUUGAAUGUUUUCAAGAAUUAUUCUCCUAAUCUGUAACCAACUCCAAGCUUCCUAGCUAUGUGACAUUAAAGGACAGCAGAUCAAGAAAGUCAUUUCCCUGUAAGACUUAGUUAAAUAAGUAACCUUGUGCUUUCAAAAGACCCCAGUGGUGCAGUUGAGUGUUCACCUGGCAGGACGGAAGGGCAUGCUAGUUAACCCACCAGCACCCAUUGAGCAGUGAUUGUUGAAGUUAUUUUGCAUAAAGUUUUAUUUAA